AUGCUUAAUAUGCCAAAAAAACCCUUACUAUACAAAAAAGAAUAUAAUGCCAAACGCCACUAUGAUAGCGAGCGUAAAGCUAAAUUUGCAUGCGUAGUGGGUGAAUCACGAAAAAAUAAAAUUAACGCACUGAAAUCUUCAGUUAAGAAUCAACAAAAUGUUUUUAAGGUUCAAGUACAAAGUAACGAGUCGAAUAUACGUGCAAGUUUAAGGGUAGCGGAAAUUCUUGCGAAGUCUGGCCGACCAUUUACCGACAGCGAACUUAUAAAACAAUGUGCUUUAGUCAUGGCUGAGGAGGUGUGCCCCGACCUAAAAAAAAAAUUUGAAAAUAUAAGUCUUUCUGCAAGAACGUGUACCCGGCGAACUGAAGAUUUGGGCGAUAAUUUAUGUCAGCAACUCCGGGAAAAAGCACAACAAUUUGAAUGGUUCUCUUUAGCUACCGAUGAAAGUAAUGAUGUUACUGAUACUGCCCAGCUUUUAAUAUUUGUUCGCGGAAUCGAUAAGAACUUUAAUGUCUAUGAGGAGCUUUUACAUUUAUGUAGUUUGAAGGGCACGACUACCGGAGAAGAUUUGUUUUGUAACUUAGAACAAGCGCUAGUAUCAAUGCAAUUACCAUGGGAAAAAUUGUCCAAUGAUGUUCUUAAAAGCACUUUCUAUGAACUCAAAGAUCUUGUUAAGUUUUAUGGUAGCUUGCCUUCUGAUUUUGACGAAUUGAAAAAGUUUGCUCAGCAGUUCAUUACAAUUUUUGGUAGCACUUAUUUAUGCGAACAAACUUUUUCAAUUGUCAAUUACAGAAAAAAUAAAUGUGCAUCUCGUCUCACAGAUGAGCAUUUGAGAGCCAUUCUACGAAUUGCAACUACAAAUAUGACAGCUAACAUACAAGAAAUAGCCUCCCAAAUACAACCUCAGACAUCACACUGA